UCCAUAGGCUUACUGCAGCAGCAACAACAACAACAACAAGAAGAAGAAGUCAUCAGUAAGGAAGUGGUGAUCAGAAUGAAUGGGCAUAUUUCAAACACUCAUCCCAACGUAUAUGGAAAUUAUCCUUCUCAAGUAAAUGGAUAUGGAUCACCAACAUUUUCUUCAAGGGACAAGGAUCAGAGUUCAAAGACAAGCGCAAAAGCUUUGUACGAGCAAAGGAAGAAUUAUGCACGAGACAGCAUCAGCAGCAUUUCAGAGAUAACACAAUACCAUGUGGAGCACCUGACCACUUUUGUCCUGGAUCGGAAAGAAGCCAUGAUCACAGUUGAUGAUGGAAUAAGGAAGCUGAAACUCCUGGAUGCGAAAGGCAAGGUCUGGACACAAGACAUGGUUCUUCAAGUGGACGACAAAGCUGUCAGUCUAGUGGACUUAGAAUCCAAGAAUGAACUUGAGAACUUCCCCUUGAACACAAUACAGCAUUGCCAGGCUGUGAUGAAUUCAUGCAACUAUGACUCCAUCCUUGCUCUGGUAUGCAAAGAGCCAUCGCAAAGCAAAGCAGACCUCCAUCUUUUCCAGUGUGAUGAAGUCAAGGCCAACUUCAUCCACAAUGAUAUCGAAAGCGCGAUCAGCGAUAGCAAAGGAGGGAAACCAAAGCAGCGACUUGAAACACUCAGGAUGAUUUCCAGAUCAGAGAGUGCCAUUCCUCCACCUCCCAGAGCCCCAGCUCCUGUCCCCCCAGGGACUGUUACACAGGUGGAUGUCCGGAGCCGGGUGGCAGCUUGGUCUGCAUGGGCAGCUGAACAGGGAGAUUGUGAGAAACCAAAGCAAUACCACGAGCAUGAAGAAACGGCUGAAAUGAUGGCAGCUAAGAUUGAUCGAGAUGUUCAAAUCCUGAAUCAUAUUCUGGAUGACAUUGAAUAUUUUGUCACCAAGCUUCAGAAAGCAGCAGAAGCUUUUACAGAACUUUCAAAGCGGAAGAAAAGCAAGAAAAAUAAGAAGAAAGGACCAGGUGAGGGGGUCUUAACCCUCCGUGCAAAGCCUCCAUCUCCGGAUGAAUUUGUGGACUGUUUGCAAAAAUUUAAGCAUGGUUUCAACCUUUUGGCUAAAUUAAAGUCACACAUCCAGAAUCCCAGUGCAACUGAACUAAUUCACUUUCUGUUUACUCCUCUAAAUAUGGUGGUACAAUCAACAGGAGGGCCUGAGCUCGCUAGCACGGUGCUCAGCCCCCUUUUGACAAAAGACACAAUCGAGUUUUUACGCUGCAUUGUCACAAGUGAAGAAGGACAACUCUGGGUAUCUCUAGGGAAUGCAUGGACCAAAGCCAGAGCUGAGUGGCCCAAAGAGCACUUCAUCCCACCCUACGUGCCACGAUUCAGGAAUGGCUGGGAGCCUCCUUUGCUAAGCUUCAUGGGGGCCCCAAAUGAGCAAGAACUCAACCAGUUGGCUGAGUCUGUGGCCAACGUGGCGGAACAGCAGAGGAAGCAAGAAAUGAAAAGAUUGUCAAGCGAGCAUCCCAGCAUCUCAGAUUAUCCUCCAUCUGAAGGGUAUGCAUUCAGUAACACAGCUUACAAAAGAGGGCCUCUGCCGGACCAGGGGGCAGCUGUGGCUGCUUUUAAGCAAAGUGUUAGCCGACAUGUAGAUAGAAAUUAUGAAGCGCAUAAAACCCCAACCAAGAAAUUCGCCAAAACCAAGUAUGACUUUGUGGGAAGAAACCAGAGUGAGCUUUCUGUUCUGAAGGAUGACAUUUUAGAGAUUCUUGAUGACAGAAAGCAAUGGUGGAAAGUCCAGAACGCAAAUGGAUUGACUGGAUUUGUGCCAAAUAACAUCUUGGAACCUCUCAGAUCUCCUGAAGGUGUUUGUACGGAGCCAGCAUAUACGCACACCAUACAGAAACAAAGGACGGAGUUUUCUCCAAAGCAGCCAGACCCCAUGCCUGCUGCUCCUUCACCACCGCAGAUGCCGCUUCCGGUCCCUCUCCCUCCCUGUAUCCCUGCUCCGGUCCCUGUUCCGAUGCCAAAAGUCCCUGGGGCCAUCAGCCGCCAGAGCAGCACAUCAAGCGAUGGUGGCCGGGAUGGCCAGAGGCAAAAACUGCCACCUGUUGACCGAAGGAAAUCUCAGAUGGAGGAAGUUCAAGAUGAACUCAUUCACCGUCUCACCAUUGGUCGCAAUACUGCCCAAAAGAAGUUCCAAGUGCCACGCUCCAGUGCCCCCGUAGUCAAUAUCAACUACGAAUCCUCUCCCGAAGACAUUAAAGUUUGGCUACAGGCCAAAGGAUUCAACUCAGUGACCGUGAACAGCCUUGGAGUUUUGACUGGUGCACAACUGUUUUCCCUCAACAAAGACGAACUUAAAUCUGUGUGCCCAGAAGGCGCCCGAGUCUACAGCCAAAUUACUGUUCAGAAAGCAGCACUAGAUAAUUCCAGUGAAAGUUCCGAACUGCAAGAGAUCAUGAAAAGGCGGAAGGAGAAACUCAACGCCGCUGCCACUGAUUCAGGGGUCGAAUCUUUUGAUGAGAGCAGUGGUCACUAACAGACUCAUCUACAAAUAUUUUGUGGUUUAUUGUUGAGUGGGGGAAAUGGUUGUUCUUGGCAUUGUUCCAUCAUGCUUUGUUUUAGGAAGCCAUGAGGGGGAAAUGUCGGGGGAUUGUCUCUAUUUAUGUAACUAGGAUAUCAUGCCAUUAAGGGAGCAUGCAAUUGGGAGCCAAGAGGGAGGAUACAAUUGCUGUUUCGCCUCUCCCUUGACGGGGGAAAAAAUACAGAGAAGAAUAUUCCCUGGAGGGGUUCCUUAACCAGGCCUCCUGAGAGAGAAAUUCAUGCUUUGCUCAUCUUUUUUCCACAGCCUAGCAAAGUCACAUUGCAAUAUUUUUUUUUUGAGUUGCCCUCGGACUGAGCCAUCUGAUGAAAUGUGUUGAAAUCUGCAGUCGAGCAGAAAGUCCCAAAGGCGCGAUCCGGCCAGCGUUGAUUCUCUUGUCCAGGCCCCGUUGAGUUCAACAGCAACAACCCAAAAAAAAAAAAAAAGUGAAACCGAUAUUUAAAAUGUCUGCCAUUGAAAUCAACAGGACCGCAAAGGGUUUUAUGAUGGCACAACAUUCCUUUGAUUCAUGCCAUCCGUACGGUUUGCCAUAAUUAUGGACUGCGGCUUUUCUUAUCUUCCAGCGCUUAAGAUUUCCACAUUUAUGUAGAAGUUCCCAGAUGUAUUUUUUAAUUAUAUGAUCAAUGACCACGCUAAUCUUACAAGCACAGAUUAAACUCUUCUAACGGCAUCAUGUCAUGAUUUCUUAAUGGAAGUGUACAUAGCAAUGUAAUUUAUUCUGCAUUUCAAUUAUUGGUCUGUUUUUUGGGGAGGGAUAAGUACGAAUCAAGGAAAACACUAAUACAAUAAACAAUAGCACAAAUUUUAAAAAGUAGGGGCGUUUAGUUCUUAUUUUGAUAUCCAUGUGGUAGUUCACAGUAUUAUUUCUUAAUAGUAUUGCAUUUUUUUUUAAUUUAAAAAAUAUAUAUUUCACUUCACCAGAUGAAAAGGAAAAGGGGGGAAAAGGAGGGGGGGAAGGUGUUUAUAAAUGUUUUUUUAAAAAAGCUACAAAAUUCCGUCUUGAUUUCCAAUUUAAAUCUUUUUUAAAAUAUAGCCAAAAUAUUCCAGCAAAUACAGGAGUAUGAUUUUUUUUUUCUGUGCAAAAUGUUCUUUUCUGUCACGUGGCACAUCAAGGCAAAAUAGGGGGGGGGAAAUGUGUCCGUUGACCAACUUAGAUGAGAUGUAUUGAUUUUCAUGGUGCCUUUUUUUUUUCAUGACUCCUCAAAGUCUGCAAUAAACACUGAUGUACGUGAACUGAUGUACGCGAAGUGUGUUUGCAUUGUCUGUUAUGAGAAAGAGGAUGCGAGUUUUUCUUUUGCAUUCCAAAGAACAGGUGUCUUUUUAAAAAAUAAAUAAAUAAACCAUCAGCAGAGAGCGAUGGAAUCAUCCCAAGGUAGUUCUACCGCUUCACAAGUUUAAAAACUUCUUUCUGCUUUGUACAAAAUGUUCCCACUCUCCGCUCAGAAGGCUCUGCUUUUUAAGGAUCCCUCUAAUGUACCUGCUAGAAAUCAGUGUUUCUCCAACUUAGAAUACAAUUGGAAUAGAGCUGGAAGGGACCUUGGAGGUCUUCUAGUCCAGGGGUCCCCAAUCUUUCGGACUUCAGGGACCACUAAAUUCAUAAUUUUAACUCCCGCGGACCACUAAUAUGAUCUGCCUAAUGACCGGCUGGGUGGGUGUGGCUAGGUUGUCAUGUGACUGAGUGGGUAUGGCCAACUCAAUGUCACUCACGUCGAGGGGCGCCUCACCGGCCUCUACUCACCCCUCCCCUGCCAGCCACUCCUCGCCUCCCCGCCCGGGCUCCUUAGGGUCCCAACAGGAAGCAGUUGUUGGAGCUAAGCAGCUACCAUGAAUAAAGUUGGCAAAACAGCUCAGUUCAAAUUGGAUCUUACCGAGAAGGGGGCUUAGCAGAAGCACGUCACUGAGGACUAGGAGUAUAGGCUUUCCAAGCAGAGGGAAGACCUGUGAGAGUGCAAGGCCAGGUACCCGCACCUGGAGGCUCAGUGGGCUGAGAUGGACAGCCAGUUCCAGGCCAUGGUGCAGUCCCCCUGGAACAAGGGCUUCCGGCUCUUCGCCACCAGCGGCACUUCCCUCCAGCCUUCGCCCAAAGUCCUGCACCAGGAGACUGAAGCAGAUCCCAAGUCAGAAUUUCUGGCCCCCUCUGACCUACACAAAAAGACCCCGAAGGGGGAGACUCUCUGCAGCAAGCAGGAGAAUCUAUGCCAGUGAUGGCAAACCUUUUCGGCACCAAGUGCCCAAACCAGAACACACAUGCGCACGCCAGCCAUCUGGUCUUUGGGUUUUCGGCAUGUGCAUGCGCACUGGCUAGCUGGUCUUCGCAUGCUCCAGAGCGUCGGGAACCCGACGACCAAGUGGCUGGCACACACAUGCUCCAGCUUGUGCAAAGACCACCUGGCCGAGAACCAGAAGAGCAACUGGCGAUGGCGUGCAUGCCAACAAAGAGGACCCUGUGUACCACCACGGCCCUAUACCAUUUCAGACGAGUAGCUGUCCAGUCUUUUCUUAAAAACCUCCAAUGAUGAAGCACCUACAACUUCUGAAGGCAAGCUGUUCCACUGGUUAAUUGUCCUCACUAUUAGGAAGUUUCUCAUUAAUUCCAGGUUGCUUCUCUCCUUGAUUAGUUUCCAUCCAUUAUUUCUUGUCC